UCCCCUUUUUCCGGACUAUUGUCCACCAGUAUGGCGGUUUGGAGGCUCCGGUUUUGUAAAUUCAGAAGCAGCCAUCCCUGCUCUCCGGCUCGCAUUCUCGAUGAAAGAUCAUGUAGAUUUAUUAUCCUGCCGAUUCUCGCUGGGAGAGUGUGCCAAGGAGAUGGAGCAGGUAACGAGGCUUUUCAAGACGGAGAGAGAGUUGCACUCUGUAUUUUUACACUUUCCUGGAUGGCCAACGCUCUUCCAGCCACCAGCCGCAUAUUCCCCCAUUGAAUGUGGUGCGGCGAUCUCUGGUCUCUUUCGUCACUUCCACAGCGUGAAGUGUCAUUCACUCGACAUCAACGACGCACCCCAAGUCGAGUAUGCCGAAGGGACCAAGUUUGAUGGCCCCAUCGUCAACACACUCAAAGAUAUCUCUAUCUCUCACGCUCAGUUCAUGCUGAAAGAGUUUUUCCAUGACUGGACCAUCAGCACGAUGAAUUUGUCACCCCUCACAAAAGUCUCGCUGGUAAACGUAGACGUUCGCACUUUGCUUCCCUCCCUCUUCCUUCCAUCCUUGCAAAAACUUGUCGUCCGGUGUCCUGAUCUUCAUCUCACUGACAUUAUGCCCUUUUUAUCCCGCCAUCCCACCAUCAACAAUCUUACGCUCAGAGUGACCUGCGAUGAUGCCUCCCUUCCCCCGGGUUCCCUUCCCGAGCUAAAAUCUCUCACCUCGUCGGCAGAUUGUCUGUCUCAAUUACUAUCUUCGCUUGAUUCCAUGCUCCAGAUUCACAGCGUGAUCUGCUACGGCUCGGUCAGUCUUUUCCCUAUCAUACCGCCGCCCCCGAGUACCGUGCAGACGCUUUUCCAGAACAUCGCCCUCCAUGGCACUAUAACCACUCUCGAUGUUCCCCUCUCGGAUUUGAACACUUCGGAGGAGUGGCUAAGUGUGACUCCAAGAUAUGAGCACCUCCUCACGGGGAUUACAACCUUGUAUGUCGAAUCGUCAUCGACUGCGAGGAAGGAGAGUACGGUGAGGCAGCGGAUUAUAGAGUCGAUCGUGCUAUUUCCAAGGGUAGAGACUCUGACGUUGUUUGGGUGGCCGCAGCGUGAGGAGUUUGCCAGGAGUAUAAAAGCGGUCUAUCCCUCUCUCCACAGGAUCACGUCGGGCCUCACAGAUAUUUUAUGAUCUAUCACUUAGCAUUAACUACCACAGACUUAGGAUGCAGCCUGUUAGAACAUCCAAUUCUAGACGUACUGAUACUGAUGAGGUCGUCAAACGCGAAACAUCCCCUUUGCGCACAAAUGAUUAGUACUGGGAACGGAACACGAGUUCAUAAACAUUUGAAACAAGUGGCAAAACGGUUUGUAAUACGG